AUCUGAAAGCGAACCGGCCACUAUAGAAACAAACCAAAUAGAUGUCAAAAUACCCGAGAGUGUUCGCGAUAAACCAAGAAUGACAAGAAGAUUAUUACCUGCAUCUAAAGCCACUGACACCAAGCUGAGUCAUCUGAGUGGACCACACGACUCUAGCAGUAGUUCUGAAACGAAUGUCAAGGUCAAAGUUACUAAGCGGCCGAAAAAAGGAAACGAAUAUUGCCUAUCUAAGGCCAUACAAGCACAUGUAAUGCAGCUUGUGGAUACCAUGCCAUUUAGCGAGUGUGAACUUGCAGAUGAAGUUGUUAAAACAGGUUGUGUAACAGAGGACGAGUGCAAAGCUAUACGAGAAAACAAGGACAGGAAAACACAAGUACGAGAUAUUAUUUUGUUAGUAAAAACAAGAAGUUAUGAAACAAUGGAAAAGUUUUUAAACUCUGCAAAGAGACACUGUCCUACAACUGUCGAUAGUAUAUGGGAACGAUAUGAAAGAAACAUUAACGAAAACCGAAAGCCAAAGAGACCAUGUCCUUUUUGUAAUAUAAAGAUGGCAGUUGAUAUUCGUAGGGUCGUAGACGGCUUAUGGGGAGCCGAAAUUAUUGAUGAUACGCUUGUUCGGGAAAUAAUGUCAAGUAGGGAUGUCGUUGGACGACAGGACAAAUACUGGGAUGCCAUUCUUGAUGCAUGUUGCAAGAACAAACUGAAAGGAUUACCUAGUUUGUACAAAGCUUUGGAAUCUAACGGACAUUACACGCACAUUGUCCAAGGGCUUCGUUAUCAUUUUCAUUACAACGAACACUGGUUCUGCACAUGUUCUUCUUCUAUCUUAAAUUUACCUUGUGCAAAAAGUCGAACGUCGUCUUUCAACAGUGAAACAUCCGAAAUGCCAGCGUCUUCACCUUCAGAAGAUGAAUUAAACGUCAUUGAUCUCGAUGAUGAACCGGACGAAGUGAAUGAUAAAGGAAAAGGUUCAAAAGUCAACUCAGUUAAUUCGGUACCAUGUGAAGCAAUGUCGAGCAAAGGUAGCAUUGCCUGUGUCAGCAGAAACACGUACGACCCACCAAGACAAAAUAUCCGAGGCAAUUCACGUCCUUUUAACUACUCAGGGUGGAGGAAACUUGUAUUUUUGUGUUUUCCAAAACAAUCUACGACCAUAGAAGAAGAAACAGACUCUUAACGACUGGGCAAGUUCGACGCAGACGUAUUAAUGUUUUUGCUAUCAAAUUUUGUAAACAAGUGUUAUUUCUACUUAAGUUCAGGGCUAGUCAAUGUUUGUAAUCGUGGGGCUGAUGGAUAAAAAGGCCAAAUAAACAGAUACGCGUACAUUUGUUUGUCAAAAGUCUAACUGUAAUAUUAAGUGUAUAAAUGACCCAAAAUUUCUUUAAUAAUAAAAGUGACAAUGCAUUAAUAAAUAAAAUAAAAACAUUGAUAAACCUAAUCAAUUAGAAUUUAUUAUAUAUGAUUCAAAUAAAAUGUAUGCCCAUAAUGCCAUUUGAAACAUAAAAGCAGGAAACAAAUGGAAAGAUUUUUUUUUGAAAAUCGUGACAUUAACUGGAAGUGUAUAUAUACAGGACCGCUUACAAUUACUAUUGGUACAACACUUCGAAGUUUUCAGUGAAGAUUCUUAAUGCAUUUGUUACCAACAAACAAAUAUUAAUAUACAUGUAAAUUGGUAUCCAGUAAUCUGUGUGAUUUCUGCUACAUGAACAUUGAAACAACCGUGCAUCUGUAUUGGGAGUGCCAGCACGUGCAGGCUUUAUGGAAUUACUUAACAAUAUUUUCCAAACUAAAAUUAUCCCUUAUACAGUCAAUUUUGAAGAUGUCUGUUUCGGUUGAAUAGGAAAUACUAAAAGGAAAAAAAAAACGCAAUAAAUUUUGUUAUUAUA